AUGCCGAAACGAACGACGCCAGAGGGCGAGCGGGAUUCUUCCAGCGAGCCUGACGCGAAAGAACUCAAACUUAUCACGUCAGACUCACCGGAUCAUAACAGCGAAGCAUACGAUUGGGACUUAUUCCCUAAAGACACUUUGGUGGAUAAUGACUUUCGCCGUCUCAUCAGCGUCAUGUUCGGUUAUAAUUGCACCAUUCGCCAGGCGCAAAGGAAGGGCGAUGGCCAGAUCGUGGCUAUCAAGUGUCAUUACAAAUGGAACUGCGAGGGGACCAGCCACUUUCCAACCGUCAAAGCGAGGCUGGGUAUCGUGGAACAGCUUCACCAUCCAGGGCUGGUGGCUUUCCUCGGGCAUUACCAAGAUUCGAACACCUUGGACUUCGUGUUUGCAUAUGAUCAAGACACCCCCACUCUAGGGGACCUUCUAACUCAGAGGAACCUUUCCGAAGACGAAACCGCUUAUUAUACGUUACAAAUCGCCGCGGCUUUAGACCACAUUCAGUCGAAGGGUGCGGUACUCCGCAAUCUCGAUGAUUUCGGAGUGUUAUGUUUCAAAGAUUACCGCAUCAAACUGUAUGAUUUCGACUCCUUGUGCUUGCUCGAUGCCGAUGGAACUGCGCAAGGUGAACACGGGAUGGAUUCCAUAGACCGAGCCCCAGAGAUGAUUGAGGGCGGCCGCUAUGGUACUUCGGUGGACUGGUGGUCCCUAGGCAUUCUCGUGUAUUACAUGAUAACCUAUCGCAAACCAUUCCAUGAAAGUUUCCCUCACGCAGGUUUGCAUCGUAGUUGCAAAGGCAACCCGGUUCUGACAGCAAAUGUCAGACUGCCCAAGUUCUUGACGGACGAUAUGCGCGAACUCAUUACAAAGUUGCUGAACAAAUCACCCGGUGAUCGGUUAUCAUCAUUGUCUGAACUCAAAUCUCUCCCGAUUUAUAACAACAUGUGGCCAUCAAGAACUCCAAACGACAAGUUUUGGAGAUAG